AUGCACACACACACAGUAAUUGCCUCCGGUGCGGAUCCAGCGUUUCCCGCUUUUGAGUCGGCUCAAAAGCAGCCGCGCGAUGCUGAUCCAUCGAAUCCCGCGUGUUGCGCGUUGUGCCGCGGCGCCGUGCAAGCAAUACCCGCAAGCUGCGGAAAUCGGUACCAUUAUGGUGGCGGCCGAAGCUCUCCGUCCAUCCACCGUCGCCUCCUCGUCUUUCCUCACUACUUUAAGUGCUUCUGUUCCGCCAUUCACCAUCACCCAACUGAGUCUCUUCUCUCAGCCGUCCCUCCACUGUUGCCUCCUCGUCUCUUUCUAGUACUUAAACUGCCUCCGUUCGGCCAUUCACCAUCACUUGACUGGGUCUCUUCUCUCAGUGCUCGAAAAUCACUCAAAUCAUCUCAUUUUCAUCGUCGCUCGCUAUCGCACGUUACCAUCAUGGCGACUCUUCGCACCGUGUUCAUCCUCGCGUUGGUCCUCGCCUCGCUCCCCGCACUCUACGCCGCGGCUGCGCCAAAGCAGCGGGGCGACGUCACUGCUGGGGGAAGCGCAGCCGUCGACGCGGCGGCGAGGUGGGGCCGCAAGCUGCUGGAAGCGAGCAGCGGUGCGCACGUGGACCACGUGGGUGACGAGGAGGAGGUGGUGGGGGAGGUGACGGACGAUGGGCUAGACGAGGCGGUGAGAGUGCUGAUUGCCUCAAACGUGGGGGGGCGGAUGAAGAAGAGCAACCGGUACAAAGACAACUUGAAGUACAAGCGCACGGAUUCGGGAACUUAUUUGCAAGUGGACGUGCGCAAGGCUUCGAAUGAGCCGAUAAAGACGAGGGAUUGCCUCAGAUGUGUGAAGCCGGUCCGGGUGGACGCGCGCAAGGCUUCGGCGAACGCGCACAGCAGCGGCAAGGGCGCCAAGGGCGUGCUGCAGGCGGGCGGUAGCUCCAUCCCCAAGACCGCGGAAAAGGAGGUCUAA